AUGGCUACCAUCUACAUUGACGAGGACAUUGGCAAGGAUGAGCCGAGCCAGCAGGGCACUGAAGCCUCGCCCUACAAGACGGUGCAGUUUGCAUACCUCCAGCACCCCGCCGAGGCCCAGUACCUCACCCGCAAGUCCGAAAGCGCCGACGAUGAAACUGCGAAAGAAUGGAAGCCGGCUGCCAAGUCGGCUCUGAAGAAAGCUGUCAACUUCUAUGAGCAGCAGAAGAAGAAGGCUGCUCGCGAACAGGAACUGGCCGUCCAGCGCCAAAAGGAGGAGGCAGAGCGCGCAAAGGUGCUGGAGGAGGCCAAGAAGAUUGUCAUUGAGGAGGACACCAGCCUUCCCAAGGCCGUGAAGAUCAAGCUCGACGAGACGGGCCCGCACGUGAAGCUACGCAACGGGCAAGAUGCAGAGAGCAAGGGAACGAGAGUCAGAGUCAUUGGUCGUGUUCACCGGGAGCGCAAGCAGAAGGAUGUUCUGUUCGUCACUCUGAGAGAUGGCUACGGCUUCAUGCAAUGUGUCAUCACUGGCCAGCUUGCUAAGACGUAUGACGCUCUUACUUUGACGCGCGAGACGUCGAUGGAGGUCUACGGAGAAAUGUUCGAGGUUCCUGCUGGUGCGCAUGCACCUCUCAACCGCGAGCUGCAUGCCGAUUACUACAAGAUCAACCACGAAUGGAAGGCUGCUGGCGGCGACGAUGCUAUCACCAACAGGGUCCAGGCCAAGGGAGACCCCAGCACGCUGCUCGACCUCCGCCACCUCACUCUGCGCGGCGAGGUUGCCUCCUCGGUCAUGUUUGUCCGCGAUGCCAUCGAAUUCGCCUUCCACCAGGCCUAUAAGGAGACCAGGGUCCGCAAGGUCAGCCCUCCAGCGCUGGUACAGACGCAGGUCGAAGGCGGUGCGACUCUGUUCAAAUUUGACUACUAUGGCGAGCCUGCCUUCCUUACGCAGUCGUCUCAGCUCUAUCUCGAGACUUGUCUGCCUUCAAUGGGCGACGUCUACUGCAUUGAGAAGUCCUUCCGUGCCGAGAAAUCUCUUACGAGGAGGCAUUUGUCCGAGUACACGCACAUCGAAGCCGAGUUGGACUUUAUCACUUUCGACGAUCUUCUCACUCACCUCGAACAUAUCAUUUGCCGUGUCCUCGAGCUCACGCUGGCUGAUCCUGUCAUUGCUGGAUACAUCAAAGUUCUCAACCCUGACUUCAAGCUGCCUGAGCGGCCCUUCAAGCGCAUGAAGUACUCCGAUGCAAUUGAAUGGCUCAGGGAGCACGAUAUCCCCAACGAAGAGGGUCAACCGCACACAUUUGGUGAUGACAUUGCUGAAGCCGCCGAGCGGAGAAUGACCGAUAUUAUCAACAGGCCGAUCUUCCUGACCCAUUUCCCGGUCGAGAUUAAGGCCUUCUACAUGCAGAGGGACAAGGAAGACCCUCGUGUCACCGAGAGUGUGGAUUGUUUGAUGCCCGGCGUUGGCGAGAUCGUUGGCGGUUCCAUGAGGCUGGACGACUACGAGCAGUUGAUGGCCGCCUUCAAGCGCGAAGGCCUCGACCCAGCGCCGUACUACUGGUACACGGACCAAAGGAAGUACGGCAGUUCGCCCCACGGAGGCUACGGUCUUGGUCUCGAGCGUUUCCUUGCUUGGCUGUGCAAACAGCACACGGUUCGGGACUGCUGCUUGUACCCUCGCUACAUGGGUCGUUGCACGCCAUAG